AUGAAGAGAAUGCUGGAGAAGAAAAAAUCCACAUAUGUCCCAGGGAAGUCUGACUCCGUUGUCCAAAGCUCUUCAUCACCAUCAUCAUCAUCGUCAUCUCCACUAGUGACAGCGGACCCUGACCCCCCCUCGCCGCCCCGCAACCACAUCACCGUUGCUAAGAUACAGCAGUGGGCGCGGCAGGGAUCCACGGCCCCGCCCACUUCCUUAUCCUUGGGCUCCGCCCCUCGACCCUCAGACCGGGAUGGCUCAUCGGGAAACUCCCAGGAUGCACCUGGCCUGGCCUGGAGCCAAAGACUAGCACAGGACAAGGCGGACCAGCGUGCUGACAGGAUGUGUGCUGGUCUGGACUGGGAUCUGACCAGCGCCCCCUGUCUUCCUGCUGGUGCUCCGACAGCCCAGCAGGAAGCCUCGCAGCCAGCAGGGGGCUCCACCGACCCUCCCGCCUCCUCCGCCGGCGCCAAGCUGUCGGGCCAGCGGGCGUACCUGCAGAGCCUGGAGCGCAGCAGCCGGGCCUGGGUGCUGUCGUCAGGAAAGUCGCAGGCGUCGGACGAGGCCUGCGGGCCGCUGGAGGAGAGCAGCAGCAACAUCUGGUACAACCCCAUCCCCGAGGAGGAGGACGCAGGAGGCCCGAGGAGGGAGGAGGACGAGGUCUGGAGGAGGAGGGACGACAGGGAGGAGAGGUGGGCGGGGCCGGGAGAGACGAGGGCGGAGCUGAGAGCGGACCUGGCCGGGCAGGUGGAGCGUCGUAGCAGCGACUGUCCAGCAGAGGGCGCCAAUCCAAAUGUCAGCCACCAUGUUGAUGACAUCACAGCAGACAACACAGACUCUCCUCCCUCAGACUCUAGCCCUGCCUCCCAGAAGAAAGGGGGUGUGUCCAGCAGCAUGAUUGACAGGCUAAAGUCGCCAGGAACAGUGAGGAAGCUCUCUCUAAAGAUGAAGAAACUCCCUGAACUCCGACGCAAACUCAGCCUCCGCUCCUCCUCUCGUGCCAAUCGUCAUGGAAACGACGCCAGAGGAGGAGGAGGGGGCGGAGACGAAGGGGCGUCCGCCAGUAAGGACGCAACAUUAUCGUCGGUGUCCAAUCAGAACGUGAUCAGCAGAUAUCAUCUAGACAGCUCCGCCCCACCAGCUAGGCCGCUCCGCCGGUCCUCUAGAGGGCGAUCUGCCAGCAAAGGAGGUUACCUUAGCGACGGGGACUCUCCUGAGCUGUUGCCACGGCAACAAGCCCCUCUCCCUGCAGCAUCUCAGGAAACAGUGUGUGACGUCAGCUCCUUCCAGCUGUACGUCGGCUCCGACCUGCCGCGAUGCGCCCAGCGGGUGACCGGCCUGCUGACCGUCCAUCUGCUGGGCCUGGAGGAGAUGAAGACCAGCAGGUCAGACAGCAGUAAGGAAGUCUUUCUGGCCAUCCAGAUUGACGGGGUGACACGAGCGAGGACCGCCCUCCUCACCCUGCGAGGCUCCGCCCUCUCCUUAAACCACGCCUUCCACCUGGAGCUGGAGAGAGCCAGGCAGCUCCGCCUCAUAGUACUCACCCCAGGUAGUACUCCUGCAGCCAAUCAACAGGGAGUGGGAGGGGCCAAAUCAGGGACCAAUCAGAGUCAGACUUCCCUGUCAAGCGGUCCAACCAGGAACAGAGUCUGUUGUCUGGGUGGAGUCUCCAUCCCCCCGCUCUUUAAAGGAUGUCGCAGUCAGCAGCUGUGUGUCAAGCUGGAGCCUCGAGGUCUUCUGUAUGUCAAACUGUCGCUGCGGGAACAGUGGAACACGCAGCCCAGCAGUGAUACGUCGGUGCCCCCUAGUGUGUUUGGGGUUGAACUGCACCAUCUAGUGGAGAAAGAGGGAUCUGCAUCUCCAAUCCCUCUGCUGAUCCAGAAGACUGUGGUGGAGAUAGAGAGGAGAGGACUGAAGGUGGUGGGUCUGUACAGGCUGUGCGGUUCUGCUGCAGUGAAGAAGGAACUCAGAGACUGGUUUGAGAGGAACAGUUUGGCUGUCAGUCUGAGCGAGGACCUCUACCCUGACAUCAACGUCAUCACAGGCAUACUGAAGGACUACCUGCGGGAGCUGCCGUCUCCUCUCAUCACCAGGACUCUGUACCAGGUCGUCCUGGAGGCCAUGACCCUGCGCCCCCCUCCUGCCCCCCCGGCGACCCCCGAUCCCCAGCUGGCCCAGAGCACCGUGUCGCUGCUGGCCUGUCUGCCUGCACCGGAGCGGGCCACUCUGUCUCUGCUGCUCGACCACCUCAGCCUGGUGGCGUCCUUCAGCUCCGCCAACAGGAUGACCCACCAGAACCUCGCCGUCUGCUUCGGCCCCGUGCUGCUCACGCCCACGCAGGAGGCCUGGAGAGGAGGAGGAGGGGGAGGAGGCGGCGGGCGGGGAGGACGAGGAGGGAAAGAAGGGAAAGGUUCCUCCCACACCGAGGAGAUCGCAAGCGCGGUGGAUUUCAAACGGCACAUCGAGGUGCUGCACUACCUGCUGCAGCUGUGGCCAGUGCCCGCGGGUCGAGGCCCGCAGGACGACCAGGACGACACCUCUCCCUCGCCACCCACGUCCCCCGUCGUUACCCAUAACCCCCUGGGCCAGCAGCAGCGCCGUCCCGCCCUGCGGUUGGCUCUACCCCAGGGCCCGGAGGAGGAGGUGGUGGUUUCGCGACGUGGGCGUGGCCUGGCUCGAUUAGAGAGCCCUCCGCCCAUCAACCGCUACGCUGGGGACUGGAGCAUCUGUGGGCGGGACUUCCUGUCUGGGCAGGAAGCAGAUUAUGACGAGGUGGCAGGAAGUGAGAGCGAAGGAGGGAGCGGGGAGGAGGAGGAGGAGAAGAAGGAGGCGUGGUCGUCCGCAGCAGGAGGCGGGCUCUACGUGGAGGAGUUUGUGGAUUUUGACGCUCCGUUCAGCUGCAGACUCAGCCUGAAGGACUUCGACACGCUGAUCCACGACCUGGACCGAGAGCUCGCCAAGCAGAUCAACAUCUGCCUGUAGGGGGCGAGGGGGAGGGGGAGGAGUGGGGGGAGGGGCAGGUGGGGGGGGUAGGAGCGAAGACGCAGAGUGAUGAUGUCACUGCUCUAGAGACUCAGGUUGGUUCAGAUGCUGCGAGGUAAAGUGACAGCUGUGGUGUUUUCCAUCCUCCAGGUUUGACCUGUCAGCGCCUCCCUGUGGAGAGAACAGGCUGAACCCCCAAAGUACACCUGAGCGGGCACCAUCCCUUUCUCUCUAGCGCCGCCUGCUGUGAGCCUCCAACAUUGCAGCUCCAUGGGGUCGGAGACCGAGUCUCACCCGUCUUCGAACUGCCUCGGGCAGUUCUAGGAGACAAAGUCGUUCCACCUAAUUGGAAGCAAGGAGCGUUGUGAGGAGUCCUUCAAAAUGCUGUCCAGCUCAGAAUGCUGUUUUUGUCUGCUGGUACAGAUCCACUUCAUUUAUUUUGUUGAAGAAUGGCUCCGGUGCAGUGCUCGUUCUCUCCACAGGGAGGUGCCGACAGGUCAGACCUGGAGGCUGUGUUACGCUGUACCACGGCUGUCACUUUAAUGCACAAACAUGGGAAGAGUGAAGGUGCUGCUUUUUAGCGAUUCUGAUGUUUAUGAUGUUAAAAUCACAGCAUCUGUGCCAGCCUAAAUGUAGCAAACCUGUCACCAUGGCGACGUGGUACAGAGAGAACCCACCCAGGUCUUCACCCAGGACAGGUGGACGAGCCACCCUGUCCGCUCGCCCCGUCCCACCACGGCGGCCUGGCUGAGCAACAGGAGAGGGCGAUGUCGUGUCCAGGAACAGGACGGCACUCUGAAGAGAAGCCGCUGCAGACGUGAAAGUGAAACUUGAUUUUGGA